GGGGUUGCAUUUAACAAUAAAUUAAAAGUACUUUUAAUAAAAAGCAUAGUUGCCAGGGUGGCGUAUUUGUUUAGAUAUCUCUUGACUAUUUUGAUUUUCACUAUCCAAUGGGCAAAAUCAACAUUAAAUUAAACUAGAGAUUUGAAUAGUAUUUGUUGUUAUACACAAGCUUUAAUACAUUGGAUUUAUAUGCACAAAUGCUUAAAAUAAAAUUUUACUUUCCACUUACUUAGAAACAUUUUUUUUUUAUUGAAACUCAGUAACCAAUUUCAAGCAUUUUAAUUUAACUAUUCGAAUUGUCUAUGAUAGACUGACUAUAAACAUACUAUAUAUAUUUUUUUUUUUGAUAAUUUACUAAUUUUCAAUGUUGUCAAUUCAAUUGGAGAACGUUGUACGCAGGAAUGCCGAAAACACAGAACGUAUCAUGAGAAACGCCAUUGGCUAUGUGGUGUCGAAUAAUGCGUUAGGAACUGUAGUACAAUCUACAUUCGAUAACAGCACUUCUGGUGGUAUAACUAAAUUGAUUAGUGGAGUACUAGUACCAACAGCUCGCAGCGCUGUGCGGGACUUGGACUCCACCAAUGAUUUGGCCUUUCUUCGCAUUGCCACACGAAAAUUUGAAUAUUUAGUCGCACCGGAAAAGGAAUUCACAAUUGUUGUGAUGCAAUAAAACUACAUCGUUAUUUAACCAUCAAUA